AUGGGGAACAGCCCGUCAAGGAACUCGAAUAUCCAACCAUCUAUAAGUAAUAGUCCUAACAGCAACCAACAACUUAUUGCCCCCACUGAUGAACCCACCACUAAUGAACCCAAUGAUCCAGAUGAUAGUAGGCUCUCCUACUAUCAUAAUACUGCGACACAAGAGAAACAACCUCUUAUAAAUAACCCACCAACUCAGCAUAUCUCCAGGAAUAUCGACAUUCCUCGGAGCAAGCAUACAAGACAGCACUAUCAGCAUACAUAUUCUCACUCCAGCAUAGAUACCCAUCAUGUGUCUAGGAAUAAUUCCCAUGGUAAUAGUAAUCAUCAUUCACAUAGUAAACAGACCCCACCGUAUAACCAACUGGAUUUGGACAUCGAUAUCUCCAUGGCUAAGGCUUUUGGCGAUUAUACUUUGAGUAAUGGGUCUCACCCAACCACUUCAACUACCACUACUAGUAUAGUCAGUUGUAGUUCUACUAGCUCCGCUGCCAGCGUCUCGAGUUCUUCUAGUAUUAGUAGUUCUAAUUCCUCUACAACUUCCACUAGAAAUCCUUUCAACAAUUCUAACAAUAAACCUCCUUUCUCAUCAUCUUUAGAUAAUGGAAUCGCUGCUACAAAUUGUUUGAAAAAUUCUUUAACUCAAACAACUACUCAUAAUCAACAUGCUGUUAAUCAUGUUGUAUCAACAGCAGUUUCCAUCUCACCAACUGCGAUUCCAAACGUUAGAUCAAGUGAUAAAAAGGUCUUUUUGAAAAGAUAUCCAAGUGAUAAAAAUUCCUCUGAUGGAAUUGAUAUCGAUGAUAUUAUAGAAAAAUUAUUGAAAAUCGGUGAAACAAGAAGUUAUAAUUCAAGAAAUUUCCCAUUUAGAUCAUGGGAAAUUCAAUUAAUCUGUUAUACAGCAAGAGAAUUAUUCUUGAAUCAACCUUCUUUAUUGAAAUUACAAGCUCCCAUUAAAAUUGUAGGGGAUGUUCAUGGUCAAUUCACUGAUUUUUUACGUAUUUUGAAAUUAAGUGGUACCCCAAAUAAUACAAAUUAUCUAUUUUUAGGUGAUUAUGUCGAUAGAGGUAAACAAUCUCUAGAGACUAUUUUGUUAUUAUUCUGUUACAAGAUUAAAUACAGAGAAAACUUCUUCAUGUUGAGAGGUAAUCAUGAAUCUGCAAACGUAACCAAGAUGUAUGGAUUUUACGAUGAAUGCAAAAGAAGGAAGAACACAAAAGUUUGGAAAAUGUUCAUCGAUGUAUUCAACACUCUACCGUUUGCUGCCACCAUCCAAGACAAAAUAUUUUGUAUUCAUGGUGGGAUUUCCCCUAACUUGAAAGAUUUGAAACAGAUUGAAAAUAUCAAGAGACCAACCGAUAUCCCAGACUCUGGUCUCAUCACCGAUCUGUUAUGGAGUGAUCCAGAUACUCAAGUCGUUUCAUGGGCAGAAAAUGAUAGAGGUGUCUCAUACACCUUUGGUAAAAAAAUCGUUAUGGAUUUUUGUUCAAAAUUCAAUUUUGACCUGAUUGUUAGAGGUCAUAUGGUUGUAGAAGAUGGUUACGAGUUUUUUGCAAAGAAAAAAUUAGUAACUAUAUUUUCAGCUCCAAACUAUUGUGGUGAAUUCCAAAACUGGGGGGCCGUCAUGAGCGUAACCACAGGAAUGAUGUGUAGUUUCGAGUUAUUGAAACCACAUCUAUUAAACAAAUAA